GCAUUAUCAAAGGGAUAUUGUCCGUGGGGUAGAAGUAGAAGGUUAUAGUGUUACAGGGUCAAGCAAGUGGAAAUAGGGACAAAAUUGUCAGAAGAUAGCAGGAAAUAUGGUGCAGAAAAUACAUGUACCAGUGGUAAUACGUUAUCUAGAGCUGCACUAAGUUGCACAUGCUCGUGUCCAAAUGGAAAAGGAGCGUGGGAAUUGCUAAAAGCCCUUGGCACACAGGUUGCCGAGCCCUUAAGAGCAAUGGUAAUGGGAGCACCAUUGGAGGAUGCUCGGCAUCUAGCUCAACGGUAUGACAGAAUGCGACAGGAAGCUGAAGCCCAGGCUAUUGAAGUCGCCAAACGCCAGGCAAAAAUAAGGGAGACGCCAGGCAAUCCUGAGAAUGCUAUGAAAUUGGAAGCAGCUGAAGCAAAGCUGCAAGAUCUAAAGUCAAACAUGGCCAUUUUGGGGAAGGAAGCAGCUGCGGCAAUGGCUGCUGUUGAAGCGCAGCAACAGAGGUUGACCCUUCAGCGUCUUAUAGCUAUGGUUGAAGCAGAGCGUGCCUAUCAUCAGAGAGUUCUUCAAAUACUUGAUCAGCUUGAGGGAGAGAUGAUAUCUGAACGACAACGCAUUGAAGCCCCUCCUACUCCUAGCAUGGAUAACAGCAUGCCUCCACCCCCAUCAUAUGAAGAAGCUAAUGGUGUCUAUGCUUCUCAGACUCAUAAUGGAUCAACAGAUAGCAUGGGUUACUUCUUAGGAGAGGUACUGUUUCCAUACCAUGCUGUGUCUGAUGUAGAGCUAAAUCUUGCAGUUGGUGAUUAUGUUGUUGUCCGGAAGGUGACAAACAACGGAUGGGCUGAGGGUGAAUGCAAAGGAAAAGCAGGUUGGUUUCCAUUUGGUUAUAUUGAAAGAAGGGAACGUGUCCUCGCAAGCAAAGUGGCGGAAGUGUUCUAGGUUUUCCGGUUGGGUUUGGUUUCUUACCCUGUGGAUUUUGUACGUGUCACGUGUGUAUGCUCUUGUGCUUAAAGGUGGAUAAUGUGUUCUUGCCAUAGAAUGAAUUGCAUUGUGAUAUAGAUAUCUACGCUACCCUUGUGAUUAUCAAUUGAUAUGAAUCUUUGUCUGGUUAGUCUUCAUUGCAUGAGCAUUGUUCAUUCUCUUAGUUUGUACCUCGAGUGAAAUACUUUUAUUGAGGCCUGUCUCUUUCCUUCGUACUCAGUUAAGCAAGUCCAGAACUAGAAAGGAUAUGCAGACGCAAUUGAAGUUUGUUAUAUAA